GCCUGGAACGUCCGUCCGGAGCCCGGCGCCGGCGGAGCGGCGCGCCGGCCAAUCAGCGGCGGCGGCUCGCGGCCCGAACGUUGGGGCCGCUCGGCCCCGCCCCGCGCUGUUGUUUGUGGUGUCGGCGGGGCCGCGCGAGCCGGACCCACCACAACAUUCGGCCGGCGGCCGGCGGCGAGCGCGAGCCCAGUCAGGGGCGGCCGGCCGGGGUGGCCGGGCCUCGCGGGGCGCCAUGUCGGUGAACAUGGAAGAGCUGCGGCACCAGGUCAUGAUCAACCAGUUCGUGCUGGCCGCGGGCUGCGCGGCCGACCAGGCGAAGCAGCUGCUGCAGGCGGCCCACUGGCAGUUCGAGACCGCCCUGAGCACGUUUUUCCAAGAAACCAACAUUCCCAACAGUCACCACCACCAUCAGAUGAUGUGCACGCCCAGCAACACGCCUGCCACACCGCCCAACUUCCCUGAUGCGCUGGCCAUGUUCUCCAAGCUCCGCACCUCCGAUGGUUUGCAGAACGGCAACAGCCAUACGGCCGUGGCCUGCUCCCCGCCUGCCAACUUCAGCCCCUUCUGGGCCUCCUCCCCACCCAGCCACCAGGCGCCCUGGAUCCCGCCCUCCUCCCCUACUGCGUUCCACGGCCUGCACUGCCCACAACCCACAUGGCCCCCUGGCGCCCCUCAGGCGGCCCCCCAGCAGAAAGCCAUGGCGGCCAUGGACGGCCAGAGAUGAGACUGGAGGCCCAGGCGCUGGGCUGGAGCCGGGGGCAGUCCAGGGUUGUGGGGACAUGGAGGGCCCGGGGUGGGGGGCACAGGGGAGGUGGGCGGGGUUUCCUGAAGAUCGCACUGGAAGAUUUUAUAAAAAGAUUUUUUGGGGGGGGGGUACAGUAAACUUCUGGGCCACUUGGGUCCCUCAGGAGUUUUUCUUCGGGCAAGCUUUGUUCCUUUUUAAUAUAGAACUAUAAUAUAUAUGGAUCUAUAAAUAGAACUAAUGUAUGCGAGAACAGUGGGGGAGGGGGCUGCCAGAGGCCUUUCCUAGGGCCAGGGGUGAGGGAUCAGUGACCGCCACCUC